AGGACAAUGUUCCAGAACAAUAUCUUGGGAAUGAUUCACAGGAUAACUCCCAGACAGCAUCAUUGUUCUCCGCAAAUCCCGCCCCACCCUCAUGUCUUGAAGCGGGCGCCACGAAAGAGACCCAUGGAUGGCAUCGCCAACAACCAGGAAAGACUAGCCAGGGAAGCUGGCGAGGAGACCAUCAAAAUUCAAACACCGUUGGUCAAUCGAUUGCAUGACCACUGUUUGUCCGGCGUAGAGAUGUGCCCUGCUGCCUGCUGAGAGUAUUGCUCAUAUCAUCAGCACCCGAUCAGAACAGUCUAGAAUUUUGCCCAUUGUGUCCUUUACGGAUCUAUCCGCCAGUCGGUUGUCAAUUUUGGGAUGUGUCUGACCUUUAUGCCCGAUUAUAUAUUGUUGAAAACCACCAGCAGUGGUGAAUGUCUAUUGAAUUUUUCCUCAACUUGCUACUUGGCACGGACACGAACUUUGGCCUAUUUCGAUAUGGAAACAGCGACAGAACAAGAGCGUGAAGCCCUGGCGAUAAUUCCUCGGGCCGGAUCUAUAUCAAGUGCCGCAAGGGUUGACAAAACUACUGUCUAUGCCUUUGAAUGGACAGGGUUUGGCGUGGCAUUUUUACUUUGCAGUGGCCAGAUAGCCCUUCGGCUGGCCUUUUCCCGUUGCCUCAGGGCUGAAGACGGCUUGACCUUGCUGGCGUUGGUCUUUCUCCUGGUUCUUGCAAUUAUCGUGACUCUGGAGAUCGAUCCGUUGUACGAGCUGCUGGGGUCGCUCAGCGGCGAGUCCUCGCUCACAACUCAGCUCAACGAGACGCCAAAACAAAGCGCCAGACUCUCCAAUGCAACAAAUGCAGCAAACCUGAUUUCCUGGUCCUGCGUGUGCACGGUCAAAAUGUGUUCGCUGGUCUGCUUCUGGCGGGCUGUUCGUCCAAUGAAAGUUAUGGUGCAGAGACUCUGGAUUCUCUUUUGGGCGAUUGUCGCAUUCACAGUCAUCUCAUACGGAGUCAAUGCAACCGGUCAGCUGCUGGGCGGCGAGAAAAUGCAGCCCUGCAAUAUACCACCAUUGUCGAUAUUAUCUCCGACAUUUUUAUUGCAUCCUUUCCCGUAGCACUGUUUUUGAAAACACAACUUGUGCUUCGACAAAUCCUUGCUAACUGUGCGGUCUUUGGGCUCGGGUUGUGCACAGUCGCGGUUGCCGUCGUCCGGUAUAUUAUGUUCCGAGUCAGCUGCAAUCGCCCCCAGCUUCUCCUCUCCUCUACGCUUUUCUGGACCAUCAACGAAUGUAGUCUUGCUGUAGUUUUCUGCUCGACUCUUGCGCUGACUCGACUAU